AUGGCUGCGCUAGGCCUGAUGCAUCUCCUGCUGCUACUGACUCCUUUCUCUCUGCCAUACGUGUUGGUUGAUAACUACAUAUCUAUGUAUCUUCGAGGUAGUAAUCACUUCCUACCCAAUUACUAUUCACUAUUGCCAAUCUUCUUCUCCGCCGCUUGGAAUUCACGGAAUACCAUUCUACGUAUACAAACAACCACAUCUCCUUCCAACUCGCCGCCAACCCCGAACUAACAACAACCCACCAGCCCUCGUAGACCGAGCCGAGCAAGCACCACCAUCAGAAAAAGAAGAAGAAAAGAAAAAAACCAUCAAGUCACGGCCUCCAUUUCCCACGCUACAGGCAAGUAACAAUCCAUGGUUUCCUGGCCCUCACCACUUCGACGUGGCAAAAACCCGCAUCCCCUUUUCCCCGUUGCUGUCACUCUGUCGUGGUUGCUCUGGACACCAAAUGAGUAGCACGCCCACGGUGGCUCGUGCUAUUCCCUCCCCCCUGCCCGGCGAU